AUGAGCAAGACAAUAAGGAGCUUGUCAGUCUACAAGAACUUUCUAAAUGAGCUGGCACGGUUAAGCGCCAAGGCUCCACGAGUUACAACGAUGCAGGCUCCUCUUGCACGACCACCUAAAAACCUAAACAUGCAUCUCUACAAAAGACAUCCAUUUCCAGGCAUACCAAACCACCCUCCAGGUUCACGACAAGACAUGUGGGAACGUUUCUUGAAAAUAAAGUCAGAACAAUACUGUAAUCGCAAGGCAAAGGCUGCUACUGCGAGUCUGGAUGAUGGAUUGGAUUCAGCUGCAGAUGAAGCUUUUGAGGAGAUUGAUGAUGCUGCUAUUGACAGGGCUAUUCAGGACGCUUCGUUGUCGUCAGAGCAACCUAGUGAAUUGGCAUCAGAGGGCAUAACAGAGUCGAAUACGCCUGUUGAAAGUACACUGAUAGAUCCUGUAGUUGAAGGGGGUGAUGCGUUAAUAACGUCGGAUGAAAUCGCCUACGUUGAAGAUAUCCCUCUUCCACGUGUCCUCCAAAGACACAUCAUGAAACCAAACCAGCAAUUAACAUCCGCAUCGCCACUGGGCAAAGUAGUAGGAUAUAGGAUACAGGUCAGUGGGCGUAAAACGACACGUACGGUGACAGACACUGUGCGUUAUGGACGUCUAAGUACAGGUCAACAGGGAACUAGUUAUGUCGAUUUUGGAAAGACGUCGUAUGUUACGAGACGAGGUGUUACUGGUGUUAAAGUAUGGAUUGCUUACGCUACGUAA